AUGGGAAUAAUUACUGCAAAUGGUAGUGCUGCUGGCUCACUGCUCAGCCCUGCCACCAGGAGGCUCAAGAGAGUGCUGUGGGCACUGAUGCUGGUCAUGUCUGUUGCUAUUUAUGGCUCUCAUGCUCCCCUCCUGACUCUGUGUAAAGUGGAUGGAAAGAUCCCAUUCAGCGCCUCAUCUGUUGUGGUUCUUACUGAGCUGACCAAGCUGGUGCUCUCCUUCGUUUCCCUGCUGAUCUGGGACCGGAGGCAGCUGGGAGUCUCACUGUCAUGGCGCCAUGCUGCCCCCUUUGCCCUAUCUGCGCUGCUCUAUGCUGCCAACAAUAACCUGGUGGUUCACAUGCAGCUGUUCAUGGAUCCUAGCACCUACCAGGUCCUGAGUAACCUGAAGAUUGGCAGUACUGCUCUCCUGUACAGCAUGUUCCUGCACCAAAGACUCUCUCCACACAAGUGGCUGGCCCUCUUCCUGCUAACAGCUGCUGGGGUGAGCUACACCUAUGGGGGCCUCCAGGACCUGCAGCACUCCUCCAGCUCCUCUGAGAUGCAGCUGCACGUCACCCUGAUUGGCUUGCUGCUCAUCUCUGUGUACUGCCUGAUAUCAGGCCUGUCUGCUGUCUAUACCGAAGUCAUCCUGAAAACCCAAGAUCUGCCACUUACCCUCCAGAACCUGUUUCUUUACUUCUUUGGAGUCCUGCUGAACUUGAUUGUCCAUCUCUUGAGCAGCAAUGGGGCUGGAUUCCUGGAUGGCUUCUCUUUCUGGGUGCUGGUAAUUGUGGUCAGCCAGGCCCUGAAUGGCUUGAUAAUGUCUGUGGUCAUGAAGCACAGCAGUAACAUCACCAGGCUCUUUGUUAUCUCCUGCUCCAUGCUUGUUAAUGCCCUCUUAUCCAUCCUGCUCUUCAGCCUGCAGCUCACUGCCUUUUUCUUCCUUGCUGUCCUGCUGAUCGGCUUGGCUGUUCACUUAUAUUAUGGAGUCAAAUAG